AUGGAUAUUUUACGCGGUCGUUGUCAAGAAAUUCCGGAUGUCCGAUCAAAAGUUGUACGCGUCUUUCUCAGUUCGACAUUUUCAGAUACACUUGCCGAAAGAGAUUCAUUGAUUGACACUGUCUUUCCGAAACUAAAAGAUUAUUGUCGGGAAAAAUAUGGUCUUGAAUUUCAAUAUGCCGAUAUGCGAUGGGGUAUUCAAAAUGAAUCAAGUAACAAUCAUAGUGAAGUUCAAACAUGUCUUCAUGAAAUUGAAAUGUGCAAAAAAUAUUCGGUGGCGACAAAUUUUAUUGUUUUACUAAGCCAUCGUUAUGGUUCUCGACCAACACCGGCAAUAAUUCGUGCAACACUUUUUGAUCUAUUGUUCGCCAUUAUUCGUUCAGAUUUAAAUGAUAAUAACGAUGCUCAAUUACUUUCUCAAUGGUAUCAACUUGAUACGAAUCGAAUACCAGCUGUUUACGUACUUCGUUCGAUAUCAUCGAUUCUACCAAAGAUAGAGUCUUCAAAUACAAAAGAAAUGAAACAAGCCGAAAAAGAAUGGAAAAUAAUUAAUAAUCGUAUUCGAAAUUGUCUUCGUCAAGCAGCGACAAAAUGUUUUGAGCAAAACCAAAUUACACAAGAUGAAUACGAUGAUUUUUUUAUAUCGAUCACUGAGAAAGAAAUUGUCAAAGGUAUUCUAACGACAUCAGAUGCCAAUCAACGUACAUUAUGUUUUUUACGUGAAAUUGAAAAUAUUCACGAACAUUUAUUCGAUAGUAAAAUAUCAAAAUACAUCGAUAUGUGUCAUUCAAAAACAGGUGAAUUAAUAAUCGAUAGUGAAGCUGAAAAUUUACUUCAAAAUUUAAAAAAAUCUCGGAUACCAAGUAAAUUACAGUCAUCAAAUAUAUUCUCCUAUCAAGUGCAUUGGACAUCAAAUGGAAUAAAUCGACAUGAUCACGCAACAUAUAUUGCUCAAUUUAAUAAUGAUUUUUAUCAUGCAGUUAAACAACAAAUUGAUCAAUGUGUUAAAUCUCGAAUUUUGUUCGAUUCAGAUCCAUUACAACAUGAAAUAUUAGAACAUGCAAUUCAAUGUAAAACAUAUGUAAAUAAAUUUCACGGUCGUAUCGAUAUACUUAAUCAAUUUAAAGAAUAUGUUAUGAAUGAGAAUGAAAAUCGUUUUUGUAUUGCAUAUGGAGAUUCUGGAUUUGGAAAAACAAGUUUAUUGGCUAAAAUUGCAAUUGACGUAUUGAAAUGGUGGUCUAAUCGAUCUGUUUCAGUGAUUUUACGUUUUCUCGGAACAACACCUCAAUCAUCUACAAUGUACAAAACACUUCUAUCAAUAUCUCAACAAAUAUGUCAAUUAUAUAAUUUAUCCAUGGAUACUUAUUCAGAUAUUCUUCAAUUACGAUAUCAAUUAGAAACAAAUUUAUUUUUGAAAAUACCUGAAAAUGAAUAUCUUCUUAUUGUAAUUGAUUCAAUUGAUCAACUUGAAUCAGAUGCAUAUGACUGUCAAUGGUUACCAAAAUUAUUUCCGAAAAAUAUAAAAUGUAUUGUUUCUACUUUACCUGAACAUGGUGGUAUACUUGCAUCUUUAAAAUCGUUAAUCGGUUAUUAUCGAUUAGAAAUUAAACAAAUACAACAUUUACUUAUUUUAAUUCCAUCAUUUGAAUCAUCAACAGUAGAAAUUAUUUAUAAUGAUUGGCUUCAAUUAAAACAACGUUCAUUAACUCAUGAACAACGUACAUUUAUUCGUCAAUGGAUGGAAGAACAAACAAAAAUAGUUCCUCUAUUGAUGAAACUAAUGUUUGAUAUUUUAUGUACAUGGCAUUCAUAUGAUACAAUUGAUAAUCAAUUGAAAACAUGUCGUACUGUCGAUGAUUGUAUUCGAUAUCUAUUCAAUCAUCUACAAACUAAACAUAAUAGUGUUUUGUUUCGUCGUGCACUUUGUUAUAUGACUGCUUGUCGUAGUGGUAUUAGUCAAAAUGAAUUAGAAGAUGUACUCUCACUCGAUGAUGAUGUUCUCAAAAGUAUUUUUGAACAUUAUAUUCCACCAAUACAACGUUUACCAGGCAUUUUAUGGACAAGAAUAAGGAAUGAUCUAGAUGAAUAUCUAACGGAAAAAGAAAUCGAUGAUUCAUCGGUUAUCUACUGGUAUCAUCGUCGCUUUAUCGAUGUUGUCAAUAAAGAAUAUCUUUCUCAAUUAGAUGAAACAGAAAAAGAAAUCAUUUUCGGCAAUAUGAUCGAUUUAUAUAACGAAACUUGGAAAGAAAAAAAUAAACCAUUCAAAAUUGACAAUCCAAAAUUGAUUGAUAAAUAUCAUUUAAUAGAAUCGAAUGGAGAAAUUCCAGGUAAUCGAUUGAUAACUUCACAACCGAUUGAAUUUAUUGAUGUCAAUGGUAAAAUUCAAUACAAUAAACGAAAAUUAAAUGAAUUACCACAAUUCUUAUGUAAAUUAUCACCAAAUUUAGCUAUACCAAUCGUAGUCACAGAAGUCUUUUUCAAUUAUUCGUUCAUGCAUGCCAAAAUUCAAUGUUCAGAUUACAAUGAUAUUACUAUUUUAAUGCAACAUUUCAAAGAUAUUUCGAAAAACAAAUUAUCGAAUGAAGUUAUCAAUAUGAGAAAUGAAAUCAAUAUAUUAUUUAUGAUUUAUAUGAUGAUUGGCCAUCUACUACAAGAAUAUCCAAACAAUUAUGUAUUUGAAUUUUCAUCGCGUCUACUUAGUUUAUUCGGUAUUAAAUCAAAUAUAACUCGUUUAAUCAAACAAUUCGAUAAAGAAAGUAUUCAGCAUUGUUCUCUAAUUGUACCUUAUUGUCAAAUGCGACCACCAGGUAGUGGUUUAGUCUAUUCAAUGAAUAAACAUACAACACCUGUAAUCGAUCUCGUUUUAACAUAUGAUCAAAUGGCAGCUAUAUCUCUAUCGGAUCGAAUUGUUGUUAUUGAUAUGACAUCUGGACAUACAUCAUUCGAUGUUAAAUUACCUAAAUUAAAUGAACCCUAUUUAAAUAUAACGACAUUAACAAAUAUCUAUCAAUUCGAUGAAAAUGAACAACAAUAUUAUUUUUUUGUUAAUUCAUUUCAUCAUAUUUAUUUCUUAUCUGCAUAUGAUGAAAUUAAAUUUGAACAAAUGUCAAAUGUUGGCUAUGCAACAGUAGAAAUUCUUGAUUAUAAACAUGGACUUUGUAUUAUAAAAGAAAUGAAUAGUAAUUUGAUUGAAUGUUGGGAUCUUGUAAAUAAUCGACUAUUUAGUCGAAUUGAUUCAAUUUCAUCCGAAAUUAAAAAAAUUCUCUGUAUUAAUACAUAUUUAAUGCUUAUCAUUAUUUGUCAAGAUGGAUUUGUUCAUUUUUAUUCGAUUACUAAUCUCACACAAAUAUCUUUCGUUUAUCGUUGUUCCAUUCAUAUUGGACAACAUUUCAAUUCGAUCAUUGUUAGUGGACGAAAUUUGAUUUAUACAUUUGAUGAAACGAUAUCUGUUGAUUUUGUUCAUAUCGAUUUGAAAAUAAUUUAUGAAAGUAAAGAAAUUGUAUCUGACGAUGAUAUUAUUAAAACAUUGGUUAAUUUUGAUGUACCCAUUGAACCGAAACCAAUCGAACGUAUUAUAUUACCUGACAAAGAACAAAUGAGUUACGAUUUGAAUAAAAUCAAUUCUUUACUAUUUGUGGCUAUGACAACGAAUUCUUUGUAUGUUAUUCAUGAAUGUGAAGAAAAUAAUAUAUCCUAUGCGCGUAUCAACGGUCAUUUUGAUAUUGUUUCAAUGCAUGAAAAUAAUCGAAAUAUUGUAUACACGGCUCGUGGAGGUAUCAUAGAUAUUUACGUUUGGACUUGUGAAAAUACUCAAGACAUUAGAAAUGAGAAAUGUCAUUAUUUACAUACAUAUGAAUUGUAUGCUUCGAUUGAUAUAAGUUCAUCGUCUGUAACUCGAAUCAAACCAAUUGUUGCGUUAGAACCUCUUUUCUUAUGUUCGAUGGAAAACGGAGUCAUUCAUAUGUAUCAAACUGCACAAAUACGUGAAACAUAUGAAAUAAUGCCACCAUUUCCACGUACAUAUAAUGUAAUCGAAACUAUGAAACUUUACGAUACAAUUGCAGUAACACUUGAUAGUCAAAAACGCAAUGGUUCAUUAUGUUCAAUUAUUCAAGAGUCGAAUUCUGAUCAAGUCAUCGAAUUCAAACAGACAAACGAUAUAGAAUUGAAAAUACCAUGUGCAAUGAUGCUCAGUACAAUUGUUACAUUGGAUUCAAGAGAACAUCUUGUUGUAUUUGCGGACAAUUUACAAACAAUAGUUCUCUGGUUCGAUAGACAUUUAUUAAUCUAUAUUGAUAUUAAUCAAAAACAAUAUUUCUCAUCAACAUAUUUGAAAUGUAUUUCCACUGAACAACAUCAAAAUUCGAUUGUAUUACAUUUUGAUAAUAGAUCUCUUGUAUUAUGUCAAAUCGAAUUAGAUAAAUCCAAGAAAAAUGGAUCAGUCAACAUAAUUCCAUUGGAUUCAGUUGAUCUAUUUUGUUUCAAACAGAAUUGUUUAGCAACAAUGAAUAACAAACAAAAUCGAAUCAAUUUAUAUAAUAUUCAUUUACAAGUAUCCUAUAAAUCGAUUGAAUUAGAGAAUGAAUGUGAACAGAUAUGUUUACAUAAAUCAGCUAUGUAUAUUUUUAUUCUAAUCAAACCUCGUAUUCUGAACAUGUAUCGUAUUGAUGAUGGUCAACAAAUGGCUAAAUUAUUUCUCUAUGAUUUUGUUUCAUCAAUGAAAGUCAACGAUGAUUUUAUUGUUUUAGCUAUGAAUGAUCGACGUUUAUUGACAUUAAUGAUUGCCGAUCCAAAUGAUCCGAAUAUACAAGAAAAAAUUCAAGCAUUACCUAGCCGAAAUGAACGACUAGAAGUUCAAUCAGCAACAAUCAAACUCGUACAACAUAUCGAGAAGUGUGCUGAUAUGAAUUUGAACGAUGACAAUGCUACUACUCAAAGCAAUGGUGGUAAUCAAACAGAUAAUGAUGAUGAUGCUAGGAACGCCAGCCAUAGACGCCGCUAUAGUUACUUUUGUUAUGUUGAAAAUCUUUAUGAACCACAUUAUCAAGAAAUAAUGGAUGAUGCUACAAAUAUAGAUCCGGAAUUUAUGGCAAAAUUUUCGAAUAACCGAGAGUUUACCGAUAAGGAACCGUUUGGUCAUGACUUGAAUAUAGAAGAUCAUUAUAACGAUGGUACUGCUGAAUGUACUGAUUUGUCUUCGACAACAGUCGAGCAACAACAGACUGAUAGUGAUCUAGAUGAUAUCCGUCAAAAAUCGUUCGAAUACGAACAAAAACAAUUGAAAAGUGUUCAACUGGCCAAUGCAGGCAAAGAAAAUUUAAAAAUUAUUAAUAGUUAUUCGGUUACUUCGACAACGUGUAAUCUUCUUUGA